AUGGUGAGAAGAAAAACAUUAUCACGAUAUUUACAACUGAUGAUGAAAACCUACAGUUUAAAACCAAGAGGUUUUGAUUCGGGUCAUGGCCCGCCAAGAGUGUUUGCAGAGAAAAAAAUGGAGAAGAAAAAGAUAGAAGUGAAUGGAUUCAACGAGAAUGCAGCUCUUGAUGAUAUUCAUGCUACACUAUUUUCAUUCUUCAAUGUUUUGAACGUUAUUUCUGGAGUCGAUGACACAAUGGGAGCAGCAUCAGAUCUGUUCACUAAACUGAACGAAGAAUGCACAUCGAAUGGAAGACAUAUCAAAGCAUUCUUUGAAGAUCAGAUGGAACGACUAAAAAAAGAAGAGAAAGAGGCUUUAGAAAUCGUGGAAGUCAGAGAACACGCUAAAAGAUUAUUGCAAAACGAACUACAAAAACUUGAGCAAUCCAUAGAGGAGGCUCGGAAAAAGUUGAAGUCAAUUACUAUUGCGUCAAAAUGUGUUAAAGCAGCCCAUAGCUACCUCUUUGAAAAUAUUUCUGGUCACAAAUUGGCAUCACUUUCCGAUCCUUCCUUAGAAAAAAAGCUUGAAAGUUUUCUUUGGUUUUUACAAAAUACAACAAAUCCAAAUUCAACUUCAGACUCAGUAACGAAGACUGCAUUAACGGAAUUCUAUAAAUUGUGCAUAAAUUUGGACGAUGAAUUAUCGAUGUACGAAAAUUAUUGGAAAUUGAUAACUCAAUCACUAAUGGAACAAGUGAAAACGUCUAGGCCUGAUAUUCAACACCUACAACUAGGAAUAAUUUCUGAAAUAUGCAGAAAAGAAGAAUAUUCUGUUAUUGUGAGAGAAAUGCAAGGAUUUGAAUUCGUUUCAAAGUUAUUGAAGUCUAUCAAUGAGUUAGUUAAUGGAGAAGCUUGUGCCUGUAUCACGUCAUUUUCUCUGUCUCCUGAACACAGAAGAUAUUUGGGAGAGAUUGGUGUAAUUCAAAACCUGUUAGAUCUAAUAUGGAGGACUCAAAAUGAAGAAUCUAUCGAAAAAGCGAUUACUGCAUUAUGGCAUUUGGUCAUCGAUGACGGAAACAAAGUCUUAGUGCGCAGUUGCAACGGAAUUCCAUCCAUUUGCUCACUUCUAAAAAGCUCAAAUAUUGGCAUUCUUGAAAACACAACUAUUGCGCUUGGCUAUUUAACUCGAGAUGACGAUAACAAAUCUUGUGUUAGAGAAUCAGAAGGUCUUAAGUUUCUAUUGGACGUUCUGCAAAUUAACAAUGACGGUUUGCGAAGCAAAGCAGCAGGAGCUCUAUGGAAUUGUGCAUCUAACAAUGAAAACAAAAUAUAUCUUAGAGAGAUACAUGCGAUACCCAAGCUUAUCGACCUUUUAGACUCCAAUAAUACCAGCGUUUUAGAAAAUGUCACUGGAUGUCUAUGGAAUUUAGCUGUAGACAAUGAUAACAAGAAGGAAAUAUUUGAAAUGGGAGGAAUACCAAAACUAAUACAGUUACUGACUACUCAGCAAAACGAUGCUGUAUUGGAAAAUGUGACAGGGACACUAUGGAACUGUGCAGCAUUAGCUGACGUUAAGAUUACUAUCAGAAAAGCCAAUGGAAUGAAACCACUGCUUGAGUGCAUGAAGUUGGAAAAUGAAAAUAUUAGAGAAAAUGCAGUAGGAGCACUCAGGAAUUGUGUAAUUAAUGAUCAGAACAAGCAAGCAUUAGGAGAGAUGGGAGGUAUUAGAGAAUUAUUUGUUGCUCUUGGAGAGGAAACAAAAUCCUCAAUUGUAGAGAAAAUAAUAAGCACUCUGUGGAUAUGUAGUAUAGAGAAUUUAAAUAAGAAACUUAUUCAAGACUGUGGAGGAAUCCAAAUUCUAGUGAGCCUUUUAAAUAACUCCUCCAUUUCUAUUGUCGAGAAAACGCUUGGAGCUCUCCGAAAUUGUUCGUCGAAUGUUGAGAGUAUUCAUGAAAUAAGGGAAGCCAAUGCUAUUCCUAAAUUGAUCGAGCUUCUAGCUUCAGAGACAGCGUCAAUGAGAGAAUAUGCAGCCGCAACCAUUUUGAACUGUCUUCGUCUUGAUGAAGUGAAAAUCGAAUUUAGAAGUAAUGCCGGUGUUGAGGUGUUGCUGUCACUUCUUGCUGACCCCUCUGAGAAUAUUUUGGAAAACACAAUUGGAGCUUUAUCGAUACUUUCCUCAGAUGUAGAAAUACGGGAUAACAUGAAAGAAGGGUUUUCAGCUUUGACAAAUAUUUUAGAAACAUGCCAGAACGAGUUUCUUCAGGAAAACAUCCUUGUAAUAUUUAAAAACUGUUCGCUCACCAAAGCCAAUGUAAAGGCUUUGGGGAAUGAGAACAAGGUCGUUCCAACCUUAUUGAAAAUUCUCACCACGUCAAAGAAUGAUAAUGUGACGAAAGAGGCAGUUUUGUGUCUCAAAAAUCUAUCUGUGAAUGAAGAUAAUAGCACCAAAAUUGGAAAAUUGAGAGGUUUAGAAAUGAUCCUACAUACCAUUAAUACUUCCAAGAAUGAAAGUUUGAAAAAAGUUUGUGCUCUCACUGUACAGUCAUUAGCUAAGAAUCCUAAUAAUAUGAAAAUUAUUGAAAAUUUAAAGAAACGAAGUAUCAAAAGCUCCGAAUGA